CGACGUCAUUUGAGGCUUACACUCUUCAACCCUCUCUCGAGUCUCUUCCUCAGCCACGGCCCAACGUCUCUCCCUCUUUUCUCUCCACCAGUGCAGACUGCCAGACACCCCCACGCCUCUCUCUCUCACACUUUCUCUCUCUCUGCCCGUUUCCCUCGCUUCUUUGUGAUUUCCGCUCGCCGCCGUUCCCAGCUCCACGCUGUCCGUGUCGAUUUAUACCGCGGCGCUAUCUACAGUUCGAUCACCGACAUCGUGAAGCUCCGCUGCACCGCCGUGCGCCACAAAGCUCCGCCGCAACCAAGCCUCUGUUUCCCUAGUCCGACACUCUCCUUCUCUUUCUCUAAUCUGCACCUUCGCUCAUUGUGGAACGUUCAGCGACGCCGCUCUCGGUUUCCGACACCGGCUAGUUACUACAUCUCCAUCUCGUUCACUCUCUAGCCGUUUCUCUCUCUCUCUCUCUCUCUCGCUCUAAUUCUCUGUCGGCGUCUCACAGUGUCUCGGUAUUAGGCUGACCGCGGUGUCCAACGAAUGCCAUCGGAGCCUGCGUGACCCCUCCACGACGCCCAUCUCCUCCGCCACUGACGACUUCGUACGAAACCGCCUUAACUCUCUCCCUCUUUGGUAAGCCUGCCACCGCAACCAAUGGAGGCUGCAGCACCACAAGUCCAGGAACACGGCACCAUUCAAUUCGUGAGUUUCCAUCGCCGAGUCCAGUCGAACACCGCUUCAAGCCUGAGCGUUUUAAUGUAGUCAUGGCUACAAGCAAGUCUCGAACAAGCAGCUUCUCUUGCAACCUCACAGCUGUACCCUUGUCUAAUAUGCCCGGGCUCAAGUAUGGUGCCAAUGGCACGGUCUUUAUCUCAUCUGGAAUACCAGACCUUGACAAGAUUUUAGGUGGUGGGUUUGCUUUGGGAAGCCUAGUCAUGGUGAUGGAAGAUGCAGAAGCACCUCAUCACAUGCUUUUGUUGAGGAACUUUAUGUCUCAAGGACUUGUUCACAAGCAACCCCUUCUGUAUGCCAGUCCAUCCAAAGACCCAAAAGGAUUUCUGGGCACUUUACCUAGUCCAAGGUCAUGCAAAGUUGAUAAAGAUAAGUCUCGUGAUGACGAUCCUGAACAGGAGGGUUUGAGGAUUGCUUGGCAAUAUAAGAAGUACUUUGGUGAACAUCAGCAGACUGUUGAUAAUACUAGAGAUGGUAAGCUUGAAUACUGCAAUGACUUUGACUUGCGGAAGCCCCUAGAAACGCACUUUCUAAGCGGUCAGCAUAUAGAUUGUGUCAGCAUUCUAUAUAAUUCAGAUCUUGUUGCUCUUCGUGACCCUUGUGCUACAUUUUUCACUCAAUUUUCAAGAAAUGAUGGCAGCAUCGCCUCCACUGGUCGUAUUGCCAUUCAGUCAUUUUGUGCUCCACAAUGCAAAUAUUCCAAUGUGGAAUGGGAUAUGCUUUCUUUUAUCAGAUCUCUGAGAAGCAUGAUCCGGUCUUUUAAUGCAGUUGCUGUUGUGACAUUUCCACCUUCCCUUCUUUUGCCAUCAGUCUCUAAACGAUGGCAGCACAUGGCAGACACUUUGCUGUCUGUCAGAGCAAUCCCAGACCAGGACAAGGAAUUGGCAAACCUCCUCACUGGUUAUCAAGACAUGGUCGGUCUUUUGAAUGUACACAAAGUAGCCCGCGUUAAUACACAGGUUGGUGGCAAUGGUUUUCGCAUCACAGAGAGGAACAGACGCCUGACCAUAUUCCUCCUCUUAAAUGGCUCGGCAGCUUCGUGGGUGGUAUCUAUGGUGGGAGAAGCCAUCAAAACCAGGUGGGGAAAUGAUUUCUUCAAAAAACAGAGGGUGGGUAAUGGGAUUCUUACUCUGCAGCUUCUCAGAAACUCUAGAGGCAGCUACUUACUCUUGGAGGAAUUUAACAAUGGUAGGAGAAGAGGUUCUCUAAUCAUUCCGGAAGGCAUAAAGGGUAGUGGUUGGGAGGGCUUUGCUUAUAACCUCAAAAAGGCGGCUGAGCACACGGUGGUGCAACCAGAAAGAGUCCAGCGACGGGAUGACAAGUCUGUCCAUGCCUUGAAAUCGUACGCCAUGGCUGUAGGAUCUGAGGCAGGGUGUAGUUCUGCCAUGGACAUGAAGGAUGAAGCUUCUGGUCUUUUCUCUGUGGACGUGGGGACAUUUUCUGACAGUGGUAAAAAGUUGGGAGAGGUUGAAGGCGUGUUUUGGGCUGUCAAAGCACAACUUUCUGGUGUAUUAGAAGAAGUUUCCUCAUUAAUGCAAAAGGUUGAUAUGGGACUGAGCAUGGUGAUGGGACUGAACAAGAUGAUCACGUCUUCCACUGCUGCAUCCAUGCGGGUUCCCGAAGUCUCUAUUAUGGGAAGGGACGUGCUUGGUUUAAAAGAGGGGACGUUGGUCUCCAUUGGGUCAAAGGAUGGGGAUGGACUUGGGUUAAAAACACGGGCUGCUUCUAAAGCCCAUGACCCACGGCCCACAAGCUCACGGGCAGGAGUUAGUGUAAACAUGGAUGGGGCUCUGAGCCUCCCCAUGGGCCAGCCCAUCCAAGAAGCAAGCCCGAACCCACGGGCUGAGGACACACGGGUGGAGAACCCAUCCACCGGCACAUCACGGGUCCUACGGGUUACCAAUCAGUCGGCUAACUGUGACCCGCCGGUACAGUCUUUGCCGGCGACUUCCCCGACCACCUUGCCGGCGCAGAAACAGCCGACGAACACGGUGGUUAACUCGGUCCUGCCGGCGUCCUCCCCAAAGGCAUCAACUGAGCCUUUUUCCGAUGUCAAUCAGUUGGCUAACUGUGACCCGCCGGCACAGGCUCUGCCGGCGACUUCCCCGACCACCCUUCCGGCGCAGAAACAGCCGACAAACACGGUGGUUACCUCGGUUUUACCGGGGUCUUCCCCAGAGGCGUCGGCUGAGCCCUUUUCCCCUGUACAGGCCACGCGUUUGGACUCCAUCAGUGGUUCUCAGGCCACCGCUCCUUCCCCACGGUCACAGAAGGGGCCGACGGUCUCCGGCGACCACUCGGCUCCUAUUCUGACUUCCACCCUUGCCGUUGACAGUUCUAAAGGGAUGAAACUCUCUCUUCCACUGGGGCCAAACGUGGGUGAUGCUUCCGGUACUUCUCAACAUUCUUUGGGUUUCUCUAAGUCACUCUCAAGGAUCCUGGAAACUGAGUUGGAAGUGGCUGACAACUCCUCGGUGGAUGGGAGUACUUCGGAUGAAGGGUCACUAUACGGUUCUGAUCUCCAGCUGGUAUGUAAGGAAUUUGGGGCAGACGCACUAGCAACCGAUCUGUAUGUACCUGGGGAUACGCCAAGUCCUUUACGCUCAUUGCCACCAACAGAACCUUCGGCUGAUCCACAAGUAGAUUGGAUUUUUCAGAAGAUUAAGGAUAUGAGCCAUUGUUUAGGGAUGUCUUGCGUGGGCUAUGAGGAUCAGUUGCAAGCUCUUCUCAUCGCAAUAAAAUCAGGCCAACCUUUACUUGCUAGAUCAGCAAUGAAGAAGGAUAGGGAACUCAAGAGACUUGCUUGCUCCAUUAACUAUGAUGCACGAGAGGGUAGCGCGUGCAGAGGACGGCACAAGGAUAGGGUGAAUCUUGGCGAUCCAUGAAGCCCAAGAUUCUUUCUUGGAAUGUUCGUGGCUUAAAUGACCCGAACAAGCGCCUCAAAGUGAAGAACCUAUUACGGGAUUGGAAAGCGGAUAUUAUCUGCUUUCAGGAGACAAAAUUAAAAUUUAUUGACAGGCACAUAAUAAGAA